GCGGAGGGGCGCGAGGUUUCAAGAUGGCGGUGGCUGGGUGGCUGACCGGGAGGCUGAUGUGAAGGCCCCUGCGAAGUAAGAGGGAACACGAAUCAUCCUCUCACCGCUUCUCGCAGCCCCAGGAGCCCAGCAGAAGUAAUUUUGUUUUGUUUUUAAUGAACAAGUAAACCAUACAAGUCAUCACCAUGGGACGGAGAUCUACAUCAUCCACCAAGAGUGGGAAAUUUAUGAACCCCACAGACCAAGCCCGAAAAGAAGCUCGGAAGAGAGAAUUAAAGAAGAACAAAAAGCAGCGCAUGAUGGUACGAGCUGCGGUUUUGAAGAUGAAGGAUCCCAAACAGAUUAUCAGGGACAUGGAGAAAUUGGAUGAAAUGGAGUUUAACCCAGUACAACAACCACAGUUAAAUGAGAAGGUGCUGAAAGACAAGCGUAAAAAGCUGCGUGAAACCUUUGAACGUAUUCUGCGACUCUACGAGAAAGAGAAUCCAGAUAUUUACAAGGAAUUGAGGAAGCUAGAAGUAGAAUAUGAACAGAAGAGGGCUCAACUUAGCCAAUAUUUUGAUGCUGUUAAGAAUGCUCAGCAUGUGGAAGUGGAGAGUAUUCCUUUGCCAGAUAUGCCACAUGCUCCUUCCAACAUCUUGAUCCAGGACAUUCCACUUCCUGGUGCCCAGCCCCCCUCCAUCCUUAAGAAGACCUCAGCCUAUGGACCUCCAACUCGGGCAGUUUCUAUACUUCCUCUUCUUGGACAUGGUGUUCCACGUUUGCCCCCUGGCAGAAAACCUCCUGGCCCUCCCCCUGGUCCACCUCCCCCUCAGGUCUUACAAAUGUAUGGCCGCAAAGUGGGCUUUGCCCUAGACCUUCCUCCUCGUAGGCGAGAUGAAGACAUGUUAUACAGUCCUGAACUUGCUCAGCGGGGUCAUGAUGAUGAUGUGUCCAGCACCAGUGAGGAUGACGGCUAUCCUGAGGACAUGGAUCAAGAUAAGCAUGAUGACAGUACUGAUGACAGCGACACUGAUAGAUCAGAUGGAGAAAGUGAAGGGGAUGAAUUUGUACGCCGUGAUGAUAAUGAGAGAGACAACAAUGAAGAAAAGAAGUCAGGUUUGAGUGUACGAUUUGCAGACAUGCCUGGAAAGUCAAGGAAGAAAAAGAAGAACAUGAAGGAGCUAACUCCUCUUCAAGCCAUGAUGCUUCGAAUGGCAGGUCAGGAAAUCCCUGAGGAGGGACGGGAAGUAGAGGAAUUUUCCGAGGACGAUGAUGAAGAUGACUCCGAUGAUUCUGAAGCAGAAAAGCAGUCACAGAAACAGCAUAAAGAGGAGUCUCUCUCUGAUGGCACAUCCCCUGCUUCCUCACAGCAGCAGGCUCCCCCACAGUCUGUUCCACCAUCUCAGAUACAAGCACCUCCCAUGCCGGGACCUCCUCCUCUUGGACCACCACCUGCUCCACCUUUACGGCCACCUGGACCACCUACAGGCCUUCCUCCUGGCCCACCUCCAGGAGCUCCUCCAUUCCUGAGACCACCUGGAAUGCCAGGACUCCGAGGGCCUUUGCCCCGACUUUUACCUCCAGGACCACCACCAGGCCGCCCCCCUGGCCCUCCCCCAGGUCCACCUCCAGGUCUGCCGCCUGGCCCUCCUCCUCGGGGCCCCCCACCAAGGCUACCUCCCCCUGCGCCUCCAGGUAUUCCCCCACCUCGUCCUGGCAUGAUGCGCCCACCUUUGGUGCCUCCACUUGGACCUGCCCCACCUGGGCUUUUCCCACCAGCUCCCUUGCCAAACCCAGGGGUUUUAAGUGCUCCACCCAAUUUGAUUCAACGACCCAAGGCGGAUGAUACAAGCGCAGCCACCAUUGAGAAGAAAGCCACAGCAACCAUCAGUGCCAAGCCACAGAUCACUAAUCCCAAGGCCGAGAUCACCCGCUUCGUGCCCACCGCACUGAGGGUUCGUCGGGAGAAUAAAGGGGCUACCACUGCUCCCCAGAGAAAGUCAGAAGAUGAUUCUGCUGUGCCUCUCGCCAAAGCAGCCCCCAAAUCUGGUCCAUCUGUUCCCGUCUCAGUACAAACUAAGGAUGACGUUUAUGAAGCUUUCAUGAAAGAGAUGGAAGGGCUGCUGUGACAGCUUUUGAUGCCAGACAGGUUUCUGUUCACAUCAGUGGCUCAUGGAGAAAGAGGCUCUUUUUAAACUUAGGGAAAAGAGCUACUUUUACUGUCAGGGUAUUUUCUAAUUUCAGUUCAAGGAGUUUAGCCUUGCACAAAAUUUGCUACAUAAAGUGUAUGUCAUUCAGAAUAGAUUGGUUAUUGAAGCAGUGCUGCUAACGUCCUUUCCCCUUCUGCCACCAUUGCCAUCCAGUUUCUUCCCUUCCUGUGAUCAGGGGGAUCUUUGUUACUUGUUUUGAUUCUCCUUUUGUGUGUUGUGGGCGCUGGAGUAGAGAUUUCUGAUGCACCCCAUCUUGCCUUUCAUAUCUGAGUUACUUCUAAUAUUUUCUUGUAAAUAUUUUGUAAUAUUUUAGUGAAAUGGAUUGCAAUGUCAUUUCCUAAUACAAAGCAAGAUAUGUGGGAAGAAAAUGUACAAUUCUUAGAUUAAAAUUAUUUCCCACUGACCUAAACCUUGAGUGUUUCAUGGAAUAAAUAAAUGUUCUACACCAAGAUA